AUGCGCGUUUGUAAGCGUAAGGAACACGAUCCAUCGAGUUUUCGGCCCACCGACUUCUCAGUCCACCGAGUUCUCGGCCCACCAAUUUCUCGGCCCACCGAGUUCUCAGUCCACCGAGUUCUCAGUCCACCGAGUUCUCGGCCCACCAAUUCUCGGCCCACCGAGUUCUCAGUCCACCGAGUUCUCGGCCCACCAAUUUCUCGGCCCACCGAGUUCUCAGUCCACCGAGUUCUCGGCCCACCAAUUUCUCGGCCCACUGAGUUCUCAGUCCACCGAGUUCUCGGCCCACCAAUUCUCAGCCCACCGAGUUCUCAGUCCACCGAGUUCUCGGCCCACCAAUUUCUCGGCCCACUGAGUUCUCAGUCCAUCGAUUUCCUAGCCCACCGAGUUCUCGGUCCACCGAGUUCUCAGUCCACCGAAUUCUCAGUCCACCGAGUUCUCAGCACACCGAUUUCUCGGCCCACCGAGUUCUCAGUCCACCGAGAUCUCAGUCCACCAUGA